UUCUCUGUCCCAAAAUGUUGCGUCGUUCGUUUGGACACCGAACGUAAUGCACGUCUGUAUGAGCAGUAUGAGUGCGUAUGCCAAUUUACAAGGAUAGAAUAAUCCGCGCGCCGUAUGGCUUCUCCUCAUCUUCCGGGUCGCUGGAAGUGGUGGUCCUAGGUGGCAGGAUCCGAUCAGUUUCGCUGCUCGAGGUAGGGAGGAUUUUCUUUGGUAUAAAUGUGUAAACGGCGUUUCACUAUCAGUUGCACGACUCAACUACGUACGUACAUACACUUACAUACUUGUACAUAUAAAUAUAUACAUACGUACGUACAUGGGCAUCAUAUAACAUGUGUUACAUAUGAUGAGUUUUAGUAUCACUUCCGAAUCCAAGCGCGUAAAGCAAAUCGUUCAAUUGACCACCGCACGUUUGUCCACAUACACACACGGUUAACGUGAGGAUGAUACAACCUUUUGCUAAUUGACUAAUUGACUGAAGUGCGUUCGGAGAACUUUCAAACAAAACCAAAGAAACUACCAAAGACAACAACUCGUUCAAAGUGUUCAGUGUUUGAUAUUUUUUGUGUAAUUCCAACUCGAACCAAAAGCUAUGCCGCAGGAGAGGAAGAAUGAAGAGGAGGAAGAUAUCAUCUCGACGUCGAUAGGUGAAUACGGGAGAUGGCAGCUGAUGCUGACCUUCCUCUUGUCCUUGCUGAAUAUACCAUGCACUUGGCACAUCUUCUCGCCGACAUUCCAUGCAAGAGAUAUGGAUACGUGGUGCGCGAGACCGUCGCAGUUUGCUGAUGUUGAUGCAGAGCUGUGGAGGAAUUACACGCAACCUACUGGAUAUUGUUCCAUAAUUGAUACCAGUUAUAUUAAUGUUUCUUCGAGCGGGAUCUCGAUACUGCCUGGAGCUGUGGAAGUUCCUUGUACCAAUUGGGAGUUCGGUGGAGAUGGUGACACGAUUAUUUCGGAAUUCAGUUUGCUGUGCGACAGGAAACAAUUGAACAAUUUGGCUGAAAUGAUGUUUUUGGGAGGAGUUGCUAUCGGUGGAUUGGCUAGUGGUGUUAUUUCCGAUAAAUACGGACGUAAGAAGACGUUGAUCGCUUCAGUUUUGAUACAGACUUUCUUAGGUGUCUCGAUUGCUUUCGCGCCUUGGUUCGAGAUGUACUUCAUCUUGAGAGCCAUGCUCGGCUUCAUCUCUGUUUCGGUGGUUUUCAGUGGUUUCGUAUUAUCUAUUGAAAUAGUUGGAGGAUUCUGGAGGACUGUAGCUGGGAUUUCGUACUUGUUCCCAGUGAGCUUGAGCUACGUCAUGAUCUCUGGAAUAGCUUACCAAAUUAGAGAUUGGCGCCAAUUGCAAUUGGCCAUCUCGUUACCAGGAAUCCUGUUCAGCAUCUACUGGUGGGUCAUUCCUGAAUCGCCGCGUUGGUUGUUGGCCAUGGGAAGGCACCAGGAAGUUAUGACGAUCCUGCAGAGAGCUGCGGUGAUGAACAAGAGGGAGUUACCUUUGAACCUGGACAAGCAGUUGCUCCCUGCCAACACGAAGAUCCAGACUGAGUCCGUGGGAAUCAUGGAUCUUUUCAAAACGCCCAAAAUGAGGAAGAUCACUUUGUUGCUGUUCGUCAUCUGGUUCUCAGUCUACUUAGUUUACUAUGGACUGGUUUUGAACGUGGGAAACAUUGGCGGAGAUUUAUACGUCAAUUCGAUUUUAUCUGGGUUAGUUGAAGUUCCCGCCAUAGCCAUAAGCAUACUGUUUCUGUUAAAGUGCGGAAGGAAAUGGCCCUUAGCUUUGACGAUGAAGUUCGCUGGAAUUGCUUGCUUGUUGACGGUACCAAUUCCAUACAUCUUCAGCGACGUCCAAUGGUUGAUCACUUCUUCAGCGAUGACCGGAAAGUUCUUGAUCAGCUCCUCGAACGCUGUGAUGCCGGUUUUCACAGCUGAACUCUUCCCAACUACCAUCAGGAAUAUCGGAGUUGGUGCGAGCAAUGUCAGCGCCGGUAUGGCUUUAAUGAUAGUUCCAUACCUCUGGGAAAUGGCAAUGUUCCAUGAUUGCGUGCCUAUGGCCAUCGUCGGCGUAUGCGGCGUCAUUGGAGGUACUUGCGUGCUCUUCCUGCCGGAAACAGGAAACGCUCCACUUAAAGACACUCUGGGUGAUGAGGAUACCGACAACGAGAACACUUCCAGCACCGUCGAUUUAAAUCGCGUCUAGUAAUCUUCAAACAAACAAAAAUAUAACCAAUCGAAAAAGAAAAUUCUCUCUCUCUUCUUCUCAGAGAGAUGUAUUACAUUCGUUUCUUAGUUACUUAGCACGGACUUGGACAGUCGAGAGUUUUAUUUCGACGCGUCCGAAUCGUCAUUAUUACCAUUUAUUGUUCUCUAUCCACGCACAUUUUCUGUAUAAAAUGUAUAUUAUUAUUAUUAAUGUCAUGAUGAUAAUCAUCAUCAUGAUUACUUUUAUUCACUAACAAAUACUCACUGACGUAGGUUAAUCGCGCACAAGACAAUAAAAAUAAACAACACUUGUAUAAUAUAUACUUAGUAGCGAUCACCGACAAAAAAAAUAAUCAACAAAA